CAAAGUCCCAUAAAGCCCAUUAUGACACCUACUAAACACCCCCCAAGUAGCCCUGGUCGUCGGCGAAUCACUGGUGUCGAUCUUCCCUUCAUUCCAGGUUUGCUCCGGGAUUAGGGUUCAUAUCGAUGGUCAAGUCAUUGGACCAUUGAGCAGUGAUGGGACAAUGCUGGAAAAUGGGUUUAGCAGGUUGUCUAGAACGCAGAAGGAACCAGCCUCAGUGCAAUCUGCGAAAGCCAAAGACGAACCAUGCAUCCAUGCUCCAGUAGUUGCAGUGACGCCAAGAUGAUCGCAGCCCAUGUCUAAGCCAGCAAAACCCUAUCAGCUUGAGAGCUCACGGUGGGUGUCUGCUGUACGGAGACAUAUUCGACGUGAUAGCCCGAGAUCCCCGCACUCUUCCCUUCCACUUCUACUCCUCGCCAGCCGCCUUUUUGUGCUUCAAACUUGGCCGUUAUUGGGCUACUUGGUGCAAGGUAGGAUUGUGUGCCAUGAACAACAGCCCCAGUCUUGCAGCUCGUUUCUAUUGGAUGCCAUGGACCAGUCGAAGCUGCAGUUGCGCCGUCGUGUUGGUCAGGCAGUACUUAAAGCCCGGCGCAGCGCGUUCAGCAGCCAGCUUAAACGAACAUCUAAGUUCCCCUACUAUACGGCUAGCACAGAACCCAAAGCUGGUAUGGAUAUCAGCAGGGUCAACAUUACCUUGCCCGAGGGCGCCAGCAACCACGGGAAUCCGAACAUGCUUUGUCUGCCCGUGAAUUGGUACGAGGACAUCAGAUUCUAAUUCACCAAUUAUUUCGCGCACGCCCUCAGAGGACGGUCCGGAAGCAGCGGCUUAGGCGAGCCCAGGCGGACAUGAUGGCCCUGUGGUGGUUCAGCAUGUUGGAAGAACCGACGACCCAAGAGAGCUUGACGAGGGCGGGAAUCCGCC